GCUGCCAGGGGGAUGGAGAGCACGGGAGGGCCGUACCUGCACACGGCUGCGGUGACGUCCCCGGUGGGGGUAGCCCGUCUCCUGCAGAUGGUGUUUGGCUGCACUACAUUCAGCCUGGUUGCCCACCAGGGUGGGUUCAGUGCAGCCUAUGGUACCUUCUGCAUGUUUGUCUGGACUUUUUGCUUCGCCGUUACCGUCUUCAUCAUCGCCUGUGAGUUCACGCGCCUGCACAGCUGCCUGCACAUCUCCUGGGGAAACUUCACCGCAGCCUUCGCCAUGCUGGCCACGCUCAUGUCUGCCACCGCUGCCGUUAUCUACCCGCUCUACUUCGUGCAGCUCGGCUGCUACCCCAUCGGCUGUGAGGUGAGGGACUUCCGCAUCGCCGCCAGCGUCUUCGCGGGCCUCCUCUUCCUCGCCUACGCCAUGGAGGUGUUCUUGACCAGGGCCAAGCCAGGACAAGUCGCCAGCUACAUGGCCACGGUCUCCGGCCUCCUGAAAAUCGUGCAGGCCUUUGUGGCCUGCAUCAUCUUCGGGGCGCUGGUGAACGACAGCCAGUACAGCAAGUACGUGGCCACGCAGUGGUGCGUGGCUGUCUUCAGCUUCUGCUUUGUGGUGACAGUGGUGGUGGUGGCCUUCAGUGUCACGGGCAAGACUGCCACGCUGGGCUUUCCCUUUGAGCGCUCGGUGGUGGUUUAUACCUUCGUGGCCGUGCUGCUGUACGUGAGUGCCGCGGUCAUCUGGCCGGUGUUCUGCUUCGACAGAAAGUACGGCUCCCCGAGGCGCCCCGCGCUCUGCGCCAAGGGCCGCUGCCCCUGGGACAGCCAGCUGGUCAUCGCCAUCUUCACCUACGUCAACCUGUUGCUGUACGUCGUGGACCUGGCCUACUCCCAGCGCAUCCGCUUCGUCUCCCACCUGUAGCCAUCGGCUGCAGAGGAGCCACCAAGCGCCGCAACACAAGCGAUGAGGGACUCGGCAGGCAGAGCUGCGCUCGAGGGGGAAUCUGAGCCUGACUUGCACCUUGAGACUGGCCCAGCGAAGGAGCAACCUGCUGUGUGGGGAGGGCGUGGACCAUCGUGGAAAGCAACUCGCUUCCCCUGUCACUCUGUAUGGGCUUCAGCAUCUGCAACCCAGCGGAGAUGACGGGCUCAGUGUGCAGAAGAGCCCACCACCUCCCCAGCAUGGACGUGCUGACUGAGGGGACGGGCGUGCAAACCCAUGGACUGUGGAGCCAAAUGCUAAGGAAAGGCACAAGGGGUUGGGAAACUGCCAGCAACACU